GUUAUCAUAUUAUAACAAUUUAAGGUCGUUAUCAGAUACAAGUAAAAUCUUAAAUCACGUGUGAUGUACAAAACAAACAAUUAAACAACAUUUAUUGUGAAACUGCGAACUGAUAGAUCAUUUCAAUUUUAUAUUUCUACAUUGCAAUUAAUCAUGGGUAAACCAAAAACCACAAUAUUAAAUGCCAACCAUCCAAAUAGUAGAAAAACAAAGCAACUGAUUAAAACUAAACAUAAGAUAGCAUUUCGGGACAAAAAGAAGUAUGUCAACUUAGCAAAACCAAGCUUAUUAUGUGAAAAAUUAAUUUGGUUCAGAGAUAAUAUUGAUAACACAAUUGAGCAAUACACUCAGGAUACUCUCUCAUCAUUAAUUGAAAAAUAUCUUAGUCGUUUUGACCAUGAAGCCAGUAUAAUUAAAGCAAGACAUAAAGAUAAGGGCAAUCGACGAUUUGCUAGUCGAGAAGAUGUUAUUAGACAUACAAUAGAACGAGAAAGAGAAGAGUAUAAUACAGCUGGCAUUGAAGUACCAAAUAUACUUGAAGCCAGUCAAUUACUGUAUUUGCGCACCUGGGACGGCGACAUAAAAUAUCUACCAAAUAUCAAAAUAAUUCGUUUUCGUUGUUUAAAUAGAAUUUAAUUAAACCAUUAUGAAAAAUAUUAAAUUAUAAAUAUAAUUACCAUGUUUAAUUUUA